UCGCCGAGCUCCGGGCUUGGGCCGGUGAUGGGCCCGCGCGCCCCUCCCUGGCGCCAUGGCUGCGUCGGCGAGGUUCCGCCUUCCGCCGUUGCCCACCAUUCGGGAGAUCAUUAAGUUGUUCAGACUGCAAGCAGCGAAGCAGCUAUCCCAAAAUUUCCUCUUGGACCUGAGGCUGACAGAUAAAAUUGUAAGGAAAGCUGGUGAUCUGACAGGUGCUCAUGUUUAUGAAGUGGGUCCUGGACCAGGGGGAAUCACAAGAUCCAUUCUCAAUGCCAAUAUUGCUGAACUUCUGGUGGUGGAAAAGGACACCCGGUUCAUUCCUGGAUUACAGAUGCUUUGUGAUGCAGCACCUGGGAAGCUCAGGAUUGUGCAUGGAGAUGUGUUGACAUUUAAGAUAGAAAAGGCUUUUCCGGAAAGUGUAAAAAGACUCUGGGAGGAUGAUCCUCCAAAGGUACAUAUUAUUGGAAAUUUGCCUUUUAGUGUUUCAACCCCACUAAUUAUCAAGUGGCUUGAAAAUAUUGCCCUUAAAAAUGGGCCUUUUGCUUAUGGCAGAAGUCAGAUGACUUUGACUUUCCAAAAGGAAGUGGCUGAGAGACUCGUAGCUACUACAGGAAGUAAACAGCGCAGUCGCCUUUCCAUUAUGGCCCAGUAUCUCUGCACUGUCAAGCACCUCUUUACCAUUCCAGGGCAGGCCUUUGUCCCCAAACCAGAGGUAGACGUGGGAGUGGUGCACUUCACACCCUUGAUCCAGCCCAAGAUUCAGCAGCCUUUCAAGAUGGUGGAAAAGGUUGUUAAGAAUGCGUUUCAGUUCAGAAGGAAAUACUGUUAUCGAGGACUUGGAAUGUUAUUCCCUGAAGCUCAGCGCCUGGAAAGCACUGGAAGGCUGCUGCAGCUGGCGGACAUAGACCCGACUCUUCGGCCCACCCAGCUCUCAGUGUUACACUUUAAGAGCCUCUGUGACAUAUACAGAAUGAUGUGCGAUGAAGACCCUCAGCUCUUUGCUUAUAAUUUCAGAGAAGAACUUAGGCAAAAGAAGCGGAAAACUGUGGAGAAAGAGGAGGAGGAGGAGGAGGAGAGUUACAGAUGCUAGCUGCUCCCUGACACACUGAUUGCUAGUAUGGAGCAUUGUACAGGGGGAUUUGUCUGUCUACAGAAUGAUAAUAAAUACCAGUGACCAGAUGA